AUGGCUGAGUACAAGGUAGAAGUAACGACCGGUGGAAGGGAAUGCGCUGGAACCUUUGACCACAUACUCGUCACCUUGAUCGGCAGUAAAGAACAGAGUGAGAAAACAGACUUGGAUAACUGGGGCAUUGAUUUUAAGACUGGGACGAGUGACACGUACACCAUUAAAACCAAAGAAUCGCUUGGGGAACUUUUGUUGUUGAAGGUAGAAAAAAACUCGGGGUUUUUCCUGCAUGAUGAUGAGUGGUUUUGCACAAAAAUGUCUGUGACCACGCCAGAAGGAGACACCCUCCUUUUUCCAUGUUACCAAUGGCUUUCCAACGGUGAGGUGGUGGAGCUGAGAGGAGGAAAAGCCAUGAAGGCUUUUGAAGAUGACCGCUCCUUGUGGAUAGAGCACCGCAAAAAUGAGCUGAAAUUCAAAAAGAGCAAUUUCCAGUGGGCCUCGACCAAUGAAAAAAUUCCCCACCACAGCAAUUUUAGUCAAUCAAGCGUCCCUGCUGAAAUCCGCAUGUCAAAGAGCAGAAUUAAGGAAUUUGAAUCGGCCUUAACUUCGGGGGCCUUUGAACUCAAAAUGAAGGGAAUGCUCGGCUCUCAGGAAAGCUGGAAAGCAGUUGAAGACAUACCAACAAUGUUCAGCGAGAGAAAAACUGAAAUAUCAGAUUACCUUGCUGAACACUGGAAAGAUGACGAAUUUUAUGGCUCCCAGUUCUUGAAUGGGGUUAACCCCUGUUUGAUCAAACAGUGUUCAGAACUCCCUCCAAAUUUCCCAGUCACCGAGGAUAUGGUAAAGCCAUACUUGGAGGUAGGCAUGCCUCUGCACAAUGAGUUUAAGAGAGGAAAUAUGUUCCUCUAUGACCAAAAGAUCUUGAGUGGAAUACAAGGGAGGCCGUAUAAUGGCGGACAUCUGCAAGUACCUGCUCCUCUCUGUCUGUUGUACCUGAACCCGGAGAAAAAACUGAUACCACUUGCAAUACAGAUACAUCAACAACCCUCGACGGAAAAUCCAAUUUUCCUGCCUAGUGACUCGGAGACUGACUGGCUUCUAGCCAAGAUAUUUGUCAAAAAUGCUGAUAUGAUGACUCACCAGGCCAUCUCUCACCUUAAGAACACCCACUUUGUCUCUGAGCCCUGGGCUGUGAGCCUUGUUCGCAACUUCCCACUAAUUCAUCCUAUUUACAAGUUGCUGAUCCCUCACUUCAGGUGGAUUCUACAUGUCAAUGCUCAGGCCCGUGAAGUUUUGCUGGGACCAUCUGGGUCGUUUGCAAUGAGUUCAAUGGGAGUUGAAGGCACGAUGGAGCUAAUGAUGCGAACGCAAGAUGAGCUCACAUACAGCUCCCUCUGUAUACCGGAUGACAUUCGCAGUCGAGGACUCGAGUCCAUUCCCAACUUCUACUACAGAGAUGAUGGCCUUAAACUCUGGGACAUCAUCCACAGAUUUGUGAAAGCCGUAGUAGGACACUUCUAUCCCUCAGACAGCGAGGUUGUCAAAGACUCCGAGCUCCAAGGAUGGAUUCAAGAGAUAUUCACUCGUUGCUUCUUAGGAAAAACUUCCUCGGGAUGUCCACAGACCUUCCAAACCGUUGAGGAAGUAGUCAAGUUUAUCACCAUGGUGAUCUUCACCGUUUCAGCUCAGCAUGCAGCGGUCAACAAUGGACAGUUUGACUACGAAAUGUUCACCCCCAACGGAUCCUUGUUGUUGCGCAAGCCAUCUCCAACUACUAAAGGACAGUCUACUAAGGAGACCUUUUUGGAGACGCUCCCAAACAUUGGCGAGACAGCGAGGACCGCAAGCAUUCUAUAUGUGCUCACGCUCAACUACUCCGAUUCUGUGCCUUUGGGUUCAUAUCCUGAGGAAAGAUUCCAAGAGCGUGAAGUCAAGCAGAUGAUGAAGGAGUUCCAAGCAGAGUUGUCAAGUCUUAGUGAAUCCAUCAAGGCCAGAAAUGCAAAGCUUGUAGUGCCGUACACAUAUUUGGAUCCGAGUCAAUUGGACAACAGUAUUAUUAAGUAA